AUGUCAAUAGAACAUUCAGGAAGGGUAAAGGUUUUCGUAUACGGCACUCUUAGAUAUGCAUUAUCUAAUUAUCAUGUUCUCAAAGAUCCAGUUUUCGUUAGAGAAGACUAUGCUAGCGGGCUCGAUUUAUAUCCAAGAACUGACGGCUGUUAUCCUUUUGCUAUCGAAGGUGAAGGAAGAGUUAAAGGUGAGCUUUAUCUAUUGAAAUCAGAAGACAUUCCAGCACUAGACGAUUUUGAAGGAGUGCCUAAUCACUACAUUCGAAAAGAAAAGCAGCUUGAAUCUGGAGAAUCUGCUCAAAUAUAUCUUCAUGGAGAUCUUGAUUCUCUUUUAGAGCUUGAAAGAAACGGGUAUGUCCAAAAGUUCCCAGAGGGUGACUGGGUUCUUUAUUUAGACCAAAAAAGCCUACUGUACGACAACGUUAAAGAAAUGAGAAGAGAAAAAGGUUUAUCGUAA